AUGCCUGUGGAUGAUGAUAACCCCGAAUACUACCACUCAGGCCGCGUUUCUCUUCUGAGAGCCGAUGAACUCGCUUUUCCUUUGCAGUCAUCUGGCCUUUUGAAUCGUCCUGGUUCUAGAUCUAUCCGCUGCUCAGUUCUCGGUCUCUCCUCUUCUGAUGAGCCUUCCACCAUGCUUGCUUUUUUCAUUCCUAUGAUGCCAACUUGUAAACUAUGUGGUGCUGCCUGGCAUCUGCAAACCAAUUGCAAGGCUAAGCUCGAUAUAUCGGUCGGCUUUUUGGCCUGGCGUCAGAUGCUAUCGAGCCUUCCGCCAGAGGUUAUUUCGCCGCCCCCUCAUCGGUUGGCAGACCUCACGGCUAGCCUCUCUGAUUUGGCAAAGCAGCAUUUGUCACCAGCGGAUGAUAUGUUGAGAAAAGUUAGUAUUCCAGUGUAA